AUGGACUUCUCGUCGCAGCCAUUCCCCUUCACGGCUGGUCAGCCCUACCACCAGUCCUUCAUGAGUGUUCCCCCACUGACGCCGUCCAACUCCCACUCCACGGGCUCCGACGACUACAACACCGCUUCUCCUCCGCGUGCCCGUUUUUCGCUCUCUUUUCUUCGUGCUGUCCCUCCCCUCUGGACCGAGUUACUGGGACCACGCCGCCAAUCCGCUUCCUCCCACUUGUCCAAAGUUGCCACCCCUUCCACAGGCAUCGUACUUGUAUUGCUCCAUGCCGUCAUCUUUUCGCUAACCGGUAUUCGCGAUUUGCAGGAGGUGUUUGACAGUGUUCCCAAUCCUGACCAGUUUCGAGGCUUUGAAUACAAUCAAGGAUUCCACAAUCCUUCCCGACACCAAACUUCAGGCUUUCCUGGUCCGCCGACUCCCCCGAAUCCUGCGACGUAUCCUGGCCAGCAACCAACCCCACAGCUUCACCAUCAAGCUUCCAGCUCGAAUGCUCAUCUCAGUGGUGCACUGUUGGGAACCAGGUCCGAUGGCGCCGACGACAGCAACCAUGCUCGGGUGGGUAGUGACGAGGACGAUUCCCUGACGCCUGCUCAGUCGCGACGCAAAGCACAGAAUCGCGCAGCCCAACGUGCGUUCCGUGAACGGAAAGAGAAGCAUGUCAAGGAUCUGGAAGCAAAACUUGCCCACAUGGAGGCCGCGCAGCAGCAGGCGUCGGUGGAGAACGAGAGACUCAAGCGGGAUUUGCAGAAGGUUUCCACGGAAAACGAAAUCCUGAGAGCCACUUCCUCAGUGAGCAACGGACACCGUCUUUCGCACUCUCCUGAACCAACAACAACCGGCCCCAUGAAGUAUAACCCCACCGACUUUUACUCCAACGUUCUUCAACACCACCAGAACAAGUUCCCCUCACAUCGCAUUGUCACCUCUGACGAUGGAGAGCGCCUGCUCGCUGCUGGCGCAACUUGGGACUUCAUCAUCAAUCACGACCUCUACAAACGAGGCCUUGUUGACGUUGGUGAUGUCAGCGAAAGGUUGAAAUCCUGUGCUCUGUGUGACGGGCAAGGCCCUGUCUUUUCGGAACGCUCCAUUGUCAGUGCCAUGGAACAAAGCGUAGCGAGUGGCACCGAUGACCUUUUGUAA